GAAACUGACUCGCGAUAGGACCACGCGUCGCGCCUGAAACAGGUCGGCCCUCUGCAGCAGUGCGCGCGAGGCCGCGGAGAAGUGCUGGCGGCCGGGGAGGCGGAGGACGUGGAGAGGAGCGCGAGGAGGAUCCGGGAGUCCGCGGCAACAAAACAGAAAAAGGGCUCAGGCCUGGGAUUUGGCAAAAACGGAAAUCCGAAUUCCUUGGAGGAUCAAAGUGGCUUUUACUGCCUUAACGAAUGGCCAAAAGGAAACCAAUCAAGGGAGGAUCACUGAAGCAUCUUUUAUUUUAUUUUGCUUUGUUUUUGUUUUGAUCUUUUUAUCACUUUUGUACUGUAUUGGAAAUUGAUUGGUUUGGUGAUGCCAUCCAACACAGUCACCACCACUGACUUCAACAGUGGGGGAAAUCGCAUGACUGACAGUGUGAGUCGGGAGAAGGAGCUGGCUGUGGCGGACAGGCCAGCGUGCAGCACUCCGGCCCGCAAAGUCGGAAGGCCCAGCCGCAAACGCAGACACCUCCUUGUGGAGAGCUGUGGAUCACUGACAGAGCUGGUGGGUUUGUCUAAGAAUCACAGAGGAUCAGGAAUCCAGUCGUGUUCACAGCUUCAGGUUCAUAAUGGGGAUGUAGGAGAGAGGCAUGGCAACAGAUCCUCGGAAUGCUCUCGCCCCACGCAGGAGCAGAAUGCUCUGGAAAACGGCCUCCCUCGCCAGGCUGCCUGCAGCAUGAGCCCCUUCCUGGAGAACGGAUUUGUUGUUGCCCAGGACAAGCGUGACUCGGAAAAGGACAAAGGGGAGACGCUGCCAAAUCUACCUCGCAAGAAACGAGGAAGACGGAAACUGGAGCGACCGACUAAAUAUGUCGAGCACCGGGAGGACGAGAUCGGGGACACUUCGAAGAACGAGGGAGAUCGAGGCAGGCUACGUGGGGGAGUGGGCUGGGAAAUCAGUCUACGCCAGAGACCCAUGCCCAGAGUAACGUUCCAGGCCGGUGACCCUUAUUACAUUAGCAAGAGGACCAGGGAGGAGUUGCUGGCCAAGUGGAAGAUGGAGGCAGAGAAGAAGGCCAAACUGGUUUCCAUAAUGAAUUUGUUGGAGGAGCACGGAGAGAUAGAGGUCAAGCCUCAGAUGGCCUGUGGCACCAUCAACAGCCCACUGACCACUGCACUACCGCCACCACCACCAACACAGCAACAGCAACAACUGACCCAGGCUCUUCCUAAAGCUCAACCACAACCACAACCACAAAUACAGCCUACACCCCAGCAACAGCCUCCAGCCCAGCAGCAACAGCCUACAGACCCAGCAUCCCCUACUGUGGCCACCACGCCAGAGCCAGUGCCUAUUGGGGACGGAGAUAAGACCUCACCAAAGUCCACCGACACAGAGGCAGAGUAUGAGGAUGGCAGAGGCUUUGGCAUUGGUGAGCUAGUGUGGGGGAAACUGCGCGGUUUCUCUUGGUGGCCUGGGCGCAUCGUCUCCUGGUGGAUGACCGGCCGGAGCCGAGCUGCAGAGGGAACCAGAUGGGUUAUGUGGUUUGGUGAUAGCAAAUUCUCUGUGGUCUGUGUUGAGAAAUUGUUGCCUUUGAGUUCCUUCUGCAGUGCUUUUCACCAGCCAACUUACAACAAACAGCCAAUGUACAAGAAAGCCAUCUAUGAGGUGCUACAGGCAGCCAGCAGUAGAGCAGGAAAAGUAUUCCUCACUUGUCCUGAGAGUGACGACACCGACACCUGUAAGUCGGUGGACAUUCAGAACAAGCAGAUGAUUGAAUGGGCCAUGACAGGAUUCCAGCCCACUGGCCCCAAGGGCCUGGAACCUCCAGAAGAGGAGCGCAACCCAUAUAAGGAAGUGUACCCGGAAAUGUGGGUGGAGCCCGAGGCCGCAGCCUAUGCACCCCCACCCAUUAAAAGGCCUCGUAAAAGCACAGCCACAGAAAAGCCCAAGGUGAAAGACAUCGUCGAUGAGAGAACCCGAGAGAGGCUUGUGUAUGAAGUGCGGCAGAAGUGCAGGAAUAUCGAAGACAUUUGCAUCUCCUGUGGAACCCUGAAUGUUUCCCUUGAACACCCACUCUUCAGUGGUGGAAUGUGCCAAAGCUGUAAGAACUGCUUCUUGGAGUGUGCGUAUCAGUACGACGACGACGGAUACCAGUCUUACUGCACAAUCUGCUGCGGAGGGAGGGAGGUGCUCAUGUGUGGAAACAAUAACUGCUGCAGGUGUUUCUGUGUAGAGUGUGUGGAUCUGCUAGUUGGGCCCGGUGCAGCACAAGCUGCUAUAAAUGAGGAUCCUUGGAACUGCUAUAUGUGUGGUCAGAAGCCUCAGUUCGGGCUACUGGAACGCCGGACUGACUGGCCCAGUCGCCUACAGCACUUCUUUGCCAACAACCACGAUCAGGAUUUUGAACCUCCGAAGCUCUACCCUCCUGUUUUGGCAGAGAAGAGAAAGCCUAUCCGUGUGUUAUCACUCUUUGAUGGAAUCGCUACAGGGCUGCUGGUGCUAAAGGAGCUAGGCAUUCAGGUGGAGCGCUACAUCGCCUCUGAGAUAUGUGAGGACUCAAUCACUGUCGGUAUUGUGCGGCACCAUGGACGCAUCAUGUACGUUGGUGACGUGAGGAACGUCACACGCAAACACAUACAAGAGUGGGGACCUUUUGAUCUUGUCAUUGGAGGAAGCCCCUGUAACGAUCUGUCUAUAGUUAAUCCAGCACGGAAAGGUCUCUACGAGGGCACGGGAAGGCUGUUCUUUGAGUUUUACCGGCUUUUACAUGAAGCUCGUCCUAAGGAAGGAGACAACAGGCCUUUCUUCUGGCUUUUUGAGAACGUAGUGGCCAUGGGUGUCAGUGACAAGAGGGACAUCUCUCGCUUUUUAGAGUGUAACCCAGUGAUGAUAGACGCAAAGGAGGUGUCUGCUGCUCAUCGUGCUCGCUACUUCUGGGGAAACCUUCCUGGCAUGAACAGACCUAUGUCUGCCAUGUACACUGACAAACUGGACCUGCAAGACUGUCUUGAACAUGGCAGGACUGCAAAGUUCGACAAAGUGAGGACCAUCACCACUCGGUCGAAUUCCAUAAAGCAGGGCAAAGAUCAGCAUUUCCCUGUUUACAUGAAUGAAAAAGAGGACAUCCUGUGGUGCACUGAGAUGGAGAGGGUAUUUGGCUUUCCUGUCCACUACACAGACGUGUCCAACAUGAGUCGGUUGGCGAGACAGAGGCUUCUAGGUCGCUCGUGGAGUGUCCCGGUCAUCCGCCACCUGUUUGCACCACUCAAAGAGUAUUUCGCCUGUGUGUGAAUGUCAGCGCAGUGAAGAAUCGAGAAUCCCAAACUGGUGUAUGAAAUAACAAGAACCUUGUAUAUUAUUUACAACCUAAACAUCAAAGUAGGUAUUUCAUGGUAUUCCUUUUUUUUUUUUUUUUAAUAUUUGACUCUUUUUUUAUUCUAUUUAAUUGUUUUUAUGUUAAUUUUACUUUUUAGCAGUGUUAUCCAGAAUUUGAAUUGAUUUAUAUGUGCAAGCUAUACUUGAGAUGGGGCCUCCUAUCAAGGCAUUGAGAGACAAAGCAUGGGGUGAAAAAAAGCAGGCGGAAAAUAGUAGAUAGUUCAUAUCACCAACGUAACUUACAGAAAUUCUGGGUUAGGGACUUUUCAGUAAAUCGGACUAGGUUGGGAUACAGGUAGAACGGGCUGCUUGAAAGCUCGCCUUUUCUUUUCUUCUUAGCAACUGAGCCUUUGGCGAGAGCAAAAAAAAAUAAAUCCGAAAAAAAAGGUGUCUUUCUCUUCCAUGUCAGGGGAGCUCUGUCUUAAAGAAUCCAAAACACCACGUCACAAAUACCUCUUUGUUUAUGGUUUCUAUACACAAUGGUAAUAAAAGGUACUACUGUAAUAGGUGACAAUAUGGUGCUUCAAGGUGGUGAAAAACAUUGCAACUCAUGUGGUGCUACUACUUCAGACUAGAUGUGGUCACCUUUAAGACCAUUAGCCGGGUUUAAAAAAAAAAACGUGACUCAAAAACAAGGUUUGUCAAGCCAGGUCUGCCACAUCUCAUUUUGUAUCUUUUACAGCCUUUUUUUACAAUACUUUACUGGUGCUCUAUGUAAACCUCAGCCUUGCAGUCACUGAGGUCAGUUUUCUGCAUCUGUGCACACACAAAACCUGCUGGCCUGACACAUGGGCCGUGAUUUUUUUUUUCUCUUCUCUACCUUGAGAUUGAAGGCUGUGUUGAGCUACUUUUUUUUGUUCCUAGCGUCACACAGACCGGAAUCGAAUCAUUACUGUACAACUCUUAGCGUGCGUGGCGGUUGCAGGGAGGGCGGUGUUGGGUUUUGCUCCUGGCCUGCUGAACUGCUCUCUACAGUGCCUCUCGCAGGCUAUCCUCAGUCAGGUGCAACACUUUUAACAAUGGUGCGGCUUCACAAUGUUCUUCUACCUUUUUAUAGCUAAUUUUGUUUGUGCUGUGUUACCAACAAUAUCAAGCACUUUUGUAUAUGUAUACUUCUUUUUAUUUUCGUUGAUAUUUUUGACUAUUUCUUCUUGACUCUUGUGAAUCUUUUUUUUUAAUUUGUUAUGUUCUAUGAUGUGAAAUGCUCUUAGCAUUAUAUAUGAGGUAGUUCUUUUUUAUUUCUGUACAGUAGGGCUGUGCCAAUAGAUGUGAAAGAAUGGGUUAGUAGGAUGGGGGAAAUUCACCCAUCACUCUGGUGAAUAGGCUAAAUGAAAAAAAAAAGAGCCACCCUUUCCCACAUCCUCAUCUGCUACAGUGAUAUUUCGUAAUAAUCCACAUUAGGAAAGUUACAGUCCGCUCUCAGUGUAGUGCGUAUAUGAGCCGUACAGUACGUAUUUUCUCUAGAUAUUCAGUCAGCUCAUCGCUUUCCUAGCGCUUAACUAAAUGCUUCUUUCGUGUUGUCAAUUGUGAUGUUUAGUUCCUCCAUCAAAGCCACCAUUUUAUCCUGGUCAGGGGCACGGUCAAUCCGGACCCUAUCCCAGGAACAUCGCAGUGACCAUUUUUUAAAUAUCAGUCAAAAUCAAGACUGUGUGUACAAGGCUAAAAUCUUGUAUGAACUUUGCUGAACUUAUUUUAUCAUAACCCUAUAUUAUCAAUAAGUUUGUGAAUUUGUUUAGAAUAAUAGGAAAAGUCUGUGUGCAUUUAAAUUAUUCUGCUUAGUACAGAUUUGGAAAUUGGCCGACUGUCAUAAGACUAAUUGAAACAUUUUUUAAGGCAUUAUUCUGCAUACAUACCUUAAUUUUUGUUCAUUUUCAUUAGUUUCUCCUCACAUGGGUUCUAAAUGAUAUAUAUGCCCAUAUUUUUUUGUACAUUUUGUACAUAGAAUAUGUUUGUUGAUGUGUUGUUUGUUUUUUUUGUUUUUUUUAAAAAAUUACCUAUGAGAUGUACAAAUAUAAUUCUGUGCUAAUAUAUAUCAUGGAAUCAAAAGUCUCACAUUGCAGAGAGUGGGGUAAUUAACAUAACUUCGACCCUACAAAUUGACAUAAGCUAUGGAGCAGUGGGGUGGGAGGACUUAUUUUCAGAUUUGUAUGUCAUGCAUUGAACAGGGAAAGAAAACGAAUGAUUUUAAACAGUAGAUGGACAUUUCUGUCUUACUGCACAGCCCUACAUACAAAACAGUCUCUUUCAUUUGCAUUUAAUUCUUUUAUAAAUACUAAAACGGGGGAUUGUAGGUGUUUCCAAAGGUGCUAAACAUUUUAUCGAAUUGAAAACAAUGUAUUAUUUGGACAAACUUGUCUCGACAAUGACUGUUUUUAUGUUUCUUUUAGUAUUGGAAAAGCACUAUUAUUUUACUCUCUCAUAUAAAUAUAUUAACAAAGGCAUUUUAACUUUGUACUUGAAAAAAAAAUGAUGAAAAGAUUCUUAUAUUGUUUUAGAAUAGAUCUUGCUGUAGUUGGUGCUUAUCUGUGGGAAAAUCAUGUACUCAUAUUGGGAAGUAAGAAAAGAAUUGUAAUCAAUCGAUCUUGCUGUUAACAUGUACUUGCUUAUUAUCCAGGCAACGUUGUUUUUAAGUCCUACAUUCCGUGGCAUAUAUUCAGCCCUCCAUUUUCCUUUUUUUUAAUUAAUUAAGAUCAGUGAUUAUUUUAUAUAUUUUUGGCUUUGGUGGCCCCUUCGUAACUAUUUCCUGUAUAUCCUCACUAUAUCCAGUGUCUUUCUGAAUUACUGGCACUUCUGAAAUAUGAGCAAAAAUGACAUUUCACACAAUUUUUCCACUUAACCAAUAUAGCUAUUUAUCUUUGAUCUAGCAAAAAAUCGCAUUGGAGCUAUUUUUUUAAAUAAAAGAAAUUCCCAUAAAAAUAUGUACCACCAUUAUACAAUUAUUGACAGAUCCAAGGAAUGUUUUAAUAAAUGCAAACAAACUCUUGAGAAACCUACUUUACUUUUCAUUUGAUCCCAGUCACAAAGAACUGUACUCUUAUCUUGUCUUGUUGUGUCUUGUCUUGUUUUUUCCUGAAAGACACUAGAGAUAGGUGGUUGUUUGACUAAUCAGAUAUGCAUAUAAUACACAAGCAGUUAAGCACAGGCAAAUGUUUUACACAUCUGAAACUGUUGAACAUUUGCUAAGAUUUGAGCAUAACCGUUUCAAAAUAGCAUAUUAGUUUACUUUUUCUUGUGUUUGCCCAGUUUUAAGUGUUAAAAUAUGUCUUCAAAACAACAGGCUGUGGUGGACGUGUUGCAAGAAAGAACAUUACACUAAUGUUGUCAUUGUGUGUUGUAUAUAUGAUAAGAUAUAUAUACUAUCAUUUAACCCCAAAAACUUGUUUUGGAUCAGUGAUUCACUGGGGCAGUUUUUUGAUCAGGUUGGUCUGUGGAUCUUGCAAAGAUUGGCAUCAUGAAUUCUAUCCUCAACGAGAAUCAGGAUAUUUGUAAUCCUGGUUGCCAAGAGGUUCAGACCUGUCUACAACAUGCUGGGCUAAAUGACAACAUUACAAAAUCAUGGUUUUGCAGUGACCACUCUCGGGUUUGAACCCUACAAAAACCCUUAAAACUUUCUGCAUGGGGUACCAGGUAUCUCCAAUCUUGUCAGACAUUACAGAAAUAGUCACAGUGUUGUUAUUCUCACCAUGACAGGCAACAGAAAAUAUUCACUGUAAGGGUGCUGAUCAUUUGGAAACUGGCUUUUUUUUUUAAAGAAAAAAAUUGCACUACUAUACAAAUGUAUUUAUAUAUCUGUAUGUUUAAGCUCAAAAUAUUGCACAUCAUUCUUUUUAUAUAUUAACUUUUGCUCAUUUUCAUGAAUAGUGCCAAUAAUUCUGGAGAGCUCUGCAUAUUUUCUUUCCUCAGUGACACUGUUAAUUAGUGUGACCUCUUCUGUGUCAUAACUGUUUUCAUGCCUUUUCUCAUUUUGAGAUCAGCUCGUACAGCAGAUGUAGCAGUCAUUCUCCACCUCUACUCCCUCUCUCUUCUGUUUUGUGCCCAGAACUAAGAAAAAAGGCUCCUUAUAUACUUGUGCUGGAGAACACUUGAAUAAAUGUAUUGUUUUUUUGUGCAAAAA